AUGCUGCUGAAAGGCUGUAAUGAUCUAAAGAAAUUGCCAUCAGAAAUGCAAAAUCUGAUCAACCUACGUCAUCUUGAUAUCCGAUGGACAUCUGUUGAAGUGAUGCCGCAGGGAAUGGAAAAAUUGAGAAGUCUUCGGACAUUGUCUGAUUUUGUUGUGGGGGAAGGUAAUGAAGUGGGUAUAACAGCUUUGGAGAAUUUAAAGUUUCUUCGAGGGGCACUUCGCAUUUCAAGGUUGGAUAAUGUGGCUAAUGCUUCAAAUGUAAGCGGAACCAUUUUAUUGGACAAGGGGAGAAUAGAUGAUCUGGAGAUGGCAUGCGGAACUUCUUAUUUGGCAAGUAGAUCGGUUUCUAUUGCAAACGAAGAAAGAGUUGUACUUGAGAAGAUGAAACCUCAUGAAAGUUUGGAAAAACUCACCAUAAUUGAUUAUGGUGGUAUUCAAUUUCCUUCGUGGGUAGGGGAUCCUUUAUUUCGAAAUCUAGUAUGCCUAGAGUUGAAAUAUUGCAAAUGCACAACCUUGCCUCAACUUGGGCUGCUUUCUUCUCUCAAGGACUUGGUUAUCAUAGGGUUUCCCAAUGUAAAAGCGGUUGAUUGUGAGUUUUGUGGGGAGAGUAUGAGCAGUUCAAAUCCUUUUCCAGCUCUUGAGACUCUACGCUUUGAGGACAUGAAAGAAUGGAAAGAGUGGAAUAUUUGUGGGUGUGAAUUCCGUCUUCUGCGCGAGCUUUCCAUUGUUUAUUGUCCCGAGCUGUUAGGAAAAUUACCCAGCCAUCUGCCUUCAUUGCAAACGCUUGAGAUUAGAGAAUGUUAUGGAUUGGUGGUUUCAUUUCAAAACCUUCCUAGCAUAUCUCACUUCCAAAUCCAAGGAUGCAGAAAGGUUGAAUUACGUGGAGGUUUUAGCGCAGCAAACUUCUUGAUGGUUAGUAAAGUAGAAUCAUUUUUAUUUGGAUCGGAAGAGUUGGAGCAAGGCUUAAGAAAGUUGAAAAGCUUGACUGUUGGUAAUAAUUAUUUCUAUCCUCACUCUCGUCCACAUUGGGUGCUUUUUGAAGGCAUCGCUAAACGUGGUAAGUUGUUGCGCAAGGGCCUCGCUGAUUGUCAAAUUAAAAAUUUGGAAUUUGUUUGUUGUAAAGGGCUUAAGAAACUACCGCCAUGGAUUGAUAGCUUUAAGUCUCUGAGAAAGCUAUCUAUUGGAAACUGCCCGGGACUUAUUUCUUUGCCAGAUGCAGUGAUUUAUAAAAGUUUGUGUCUUGAGGAGUUGAAAAUUGAUGAGUGUGAGGAUCUAAUUUCCAUUGGAAGACACCAGCUACCCACAACUCUAAAAAGACUAGAGAUACACAACUGCUGCGGAUUGCAGAGGCUGCUGGAUGCGAGAGAGACUUGUUCCUCUUCCAGGUUUACUGAUAAGGAGGGUAUCAGCUGCGAUGCUUACUCAUCUAAUCUUCAGCACUUGGGAAUUAUUGGGUGCCGCUCUCUUACAUUCUUAGGGGAGUUGCCUGUUUUCGACAACAACACAUCUCUUGAAUCUAUUGAAAUCAAAUUUGCUCCUCAUCUUAAAUCCUUACCUGAGAACCUGCACAUGCUCACCAAUCUACGCCGCAUUUUUAUAUAUCACUGUGAGGGACUCGAGGCCCUUCCUGAUGGUAUGCACAAUCUCACAUCUCUUCAAGAAUUGGCUAUAAUGAAUUGUCCCAAUGUUGUUUCUUUCCCUCAGGGAGGGUUGCCCACCACUCAUCUGAAAAAAAUUAUACUUACAUCCUGUGGGAAACUUGAGGCCCUUCCUGAUAACAUGCACAAUCUCACUUCUCUUGAAGUUUUGGAUAUGGAAGAUUGCCCAGGCAUCAUGUCCUUUCCAGAAGAAGGUUUUCCCACCAACCUGAAAUCGCUUUCUAUUUAUGAGGUCGAGAUUUGUACCUCUUUGCUUAAUUGGGGUUUGCACAGGCUCACCUCUCUGGAGAAGCUCAGAAUCGCAGGUGGAUGUCCCGGUGUGGUGUCCUUUCCACAAGAUGAGAUAGAUAUGAAGUUGUCUAACUCUCUUACCAGCCUUACCAUUGAAGGAUUGCAAGACCUAAAAUACCUUUCCAGCAAGGGUUUUCAAAGCCUCACGUCACUUGAAUAUCUGGUGAUCAAGGGAUGCCCUAAACUUGCCUCCUUUCCAAAGAAUGGCCUGCCUUCCUCUCUUUUGAGCUUGCAUAUCUACAACUGCCCUCAACUUGAGCAGAAGUGCCUGAAGGGUAAAGUGCAAGAGUUGCUAGAAUUAGCCCGCAUUCCAGAAGUGACAAUUAAAGAUAAUAAUUUGAAAGAACUCAAGCUAGAUUAUGUAUUUUCAUGA